GUGUGAAACGGCCGUUAAACGCGUCGGAAUGAAGCGGCGCGGCGCGAGGCCGCCGGUCUCCCGUCAGCGUGCUGCGGCGCGCUCGGAGCUAACCGGAUGUGGAAGUGGUUUCUUCUCCCGAGUGUAAAAGAGGAGAUUUGUGUGUGACUUCCCCCGGAAAACCAACACCUUAAUAUCAGACGGUUUCCUGUCCGUUGUGUCCGGUACCGUGUGCGUGCGAAGGGGGCGGUUUCUAACGGCAGUGCCGGUGGGUUCGGGCCCGGGCAGCGGGGAGAAGCGAUGUCACUGGUGGACCUCGGGAAGCGUCUGCUGGAGGCGGCUCGCAAAGGUCAAGACGAUGAGGUCAGGAACCUGAUGGCCAACGGAGCGCCGUUCACCACCGACUGGCUGGGGACGUCUCCGCUCCACCUGGCUGCGCAGCACGGACAUUACUCCACCGCCGACGUCCUGCUGAGGGCCGGGGUCAGCAGGGACGCUCGCACCAAGGUGGACCGCACGCCGCUGCACAUGGCGGCUGCCGAGGGCCACACGGUGAUCGUGGAGCUGCUGGUCCGGAGCGGCGCUGACAUCAACGCCAAAGACAUGCUGAAGAUGACGGCGCUGCACUGGGCGGCGCAGCACGCUCACCACGGCGUCGCCGAGACGCUCAUCAAGCACGGCGCCGACGUGCACGCGCUCAGCAAGUUCGACAAGACGCCCUUCGACAUCGCCGUGGACGUCCAGAACACCGAGCUGAUGCUGCUGCUGCAGGAGGGAAUGCAGAACCAGGUGAACAUGAACCAGGUGAGCAUGAACGUGGAGACGAGCACCACCAACCAGCCGCAGUUCAUCAUCCAGGGCAUCCCGGGCAUCCAGGGGGGGGUGGUGAACCUGGCCGAGCUGCUCAACAAAGCCAACGCAGGCGACUCGGAGGAAGCGAUGGCCGCCAACGCCCUGGACUCCAACAUCCAGCACGCCACCGUGGUCAACGAGGGGGGUCAGAGGGUCAUCACCAUAGUGACGGAUCAACACGGCAACCUGCAGACCACCGGGGGGAUGGCGCCGCCCUUCUUCGUCACCAUGCAGCACGGACAGCAGAUGCUGGCGGUGCCGGCCAACGCAGUGACGGAGGAGGUGGUGACGGAGGAGGCUCAGGCUCCGCCCUCCAGGAAGAGGAAGCUGGAGAUGAUCAACAACCACGACACGGGAGAAACGGAGCUGCUGCAGAGGCAGCUGCAGGAGGCCAACAGGAAGGCCCAGGAGUACCGGCAGCAGCUGAUGCGUAAGGAGCAGGAGGCCGAGGAGUACCGGGUCAAGCUGGAGGCCAUGUCUCAAACUCAGGCCAACAACGCCGCCGCCGUUGCAGCCGCCAACGCCGCCAGCCCCGAGGAGGUGGUGGGGGGGGAGGAGGACGAAGAGGAGGCGGCCGGCAUGGUGGAGGAGGAGGGGGAGAUGGUGGUGUUACAGGAGGGAGGCAUCAUCAUGGAGGGAGAGGAGGGCCAGGUAACGUUGGUGGAGACGGGCGGAGACACAACGGAGGUCAGCUCCUAACGGGGGGGGG